AUGCAUGUUUUCGGUUCUAGCAGUGGGGGGGAAGAUAGAUAUGCGUCUUCUUCCGCGUUUACCUGAAGCUCUAAGGUGUUUCUGACGUUUUCUGAAUGACCAAACCAGCUAACAGCGAACGCGUUGGAACCAACUCCCGGAUAGCCUCUAAACAGACAAGAAAAACAAGAGGCAAAAAGUUGUGGCGGAGACACUCUUAAACUUUAUUUCCCCCUCUUCUCUCCUGACACAAUGGGCUGUUGCAGCAGCUCAGAGGGUAAACGGGAAUGGAAACCGCUGGAGGAGCACAGCUGCACGGACGUGCCAUGGCUCAUCGUCUUCACGCUGUUUUGUGUCGGCAUGGCCUUUAUCUUCGGCUUCGCCAUCGCUACGGGAGGCGCCUUCCGCCUCGUCUCUGGGUACGACAGCUACGGCAACACCUGUGGCCGGAACAACACCAACAAGAAGAUUGAUGGCGUACCGCUCAGUGGCGCUGACAUGACGGCAAAAAAGUAUGUUUUCUUUCUAGAACCUUGCAACCUUGACCUGAUCAACAGGAAAAUAAAAUCCAUCGCCUUGUGUGUCUCUGAAUGUCCAGCCACAGAACUGAAGUCGUACAAAGAGGUGAAAGAUUUUGCGCUCAGUAAUGGGUCUUAUCUCUGCUCCUAUGAAAUUACUCCAGCAAGAUACGAAAGAAACAAAGACAAGUGUCCCAAACUUCCUGUGCCAGCAAGUAAACCUGUCCCCAUCUUCCAUCGCUGCAUCCCUGCGGACAUUGGCUGCUACGCUGAGUUUGCCCAGGCUUUCUUCACAUUCGUCAGUGACAACACCGUGCUGCGCCGCGUCAUUUCCGGGGUGAUGACCAGCAAGGAAAUCAUCAUGGGUCUUUGUGUUCUGGCUUUAGUUCUGUCCCUGAUCAUGAUGGUGGUAAUUCGUUACAUCUCCAAACUGCUGGUUUGGAUCCUCACAGUUCUGGUAAUCAUCGGCUCCGUAGGUGGGACAGGUGUCCUCUGGUGGCUGUACGCCGACUACAAGCUUGAUCUCACUAGUAACUCCACAUCUGUAUUUGGGAGAGAAGUGAUGGCAGACAACGGCAAGGCCUUGCUUGUCUAUGCGAUCGGUGCUACUAUUUUCACAGUAGUGCUUCUGCUGGUGAUGUUUUUCAUGAGGAAGCGUGUGGCCCUCACCAUCUCCCUGUUCCAUGUGGCGGGUAAAGUGUUCAUUCACCUGCCCCUGCUGGUCCUGCAGCCCUUCUGGACCUUCCUCAGUCUCAUGUUCUUCUGGGUUUACUGGAUAGCCGUGCUUCUCUUCCUCGGGACAACAGGAUCUGCCGUGAAGAACAACGUGACGGGCGUGGUGGAAUACAAAAUGCAGGGGCCCCUUCAGUACAUGGUGUGGUAUCAUCUUGUCGGUCUCAUCUGGAUCAGCGAGUUCAUCCUUGCUUUCCAGCAGAUGACCAUCGCUGGAGCUGUGGUCACCUAUUAUUUCACAAGGAACAAGUCCCAGAUGCCAGCAGCUCCAGUGGUUUGGUCUGCGAUUCGUACCAUCCGCUACCACCUGGGCACUCUGGCAAAGGGAUCCUUCAUCAUCACGCUUGUUAAGAUCCCUCGUCUCAUCCUGACAUACAUCCACACCCAGCUCAAAGGAAAAGAAAAUGCUUGCGCUCGUUGCAUGCUGAAAGCCUGCAUCUGCUGUCUGUGGUGUCUUGAAAAGUGUUUAGCAUUCCUAAACCAAAACGCCUACACUGCCACGGCCAUCAACAGCACCAACUUCUGCACGUCGGCUCGCGAGGCUCUGGUCAUCAUGGUGGAGAACGCGCUCCGAGUGGCAGCCAUUAACACAGUGGGCGACUUUGUCCUCUUCUUGGGAAAG